UCUUGCGGCGCGACAUACAGGCGCGAGUCUUUGAACGUAGGCUUGGCGGCGUCGCCAUGGAGACGCGGCCUAGCCGGGCGGACGGAGCGUUCCCAGCGCACCCUGAGGGAGUCCUUAGCGGGGGUCGGACAAAUCUGAGGAGGAGGGUGGAGACACGCGGCUGGAGAUCCCUGGCAGAGGAGAAAGAGGCCCAGUUGCCGCAUCCGUUCCCCGCCCCACACUCGGCUAGCUCCGACCUCUGCCCUGUUGCCAUGGCGACGGGCUCGUAGAAGCGGGAGCGUCCUCCACGAGGCCUAGCGGCGGUUCAGGCCCUCCGCUUGUGAGAAGUUUCUGAGGAAAGUCAGGAGAGGCCGGCGCUGGUUUUGCGCUGCACCUGCCGGAUCCCGCAUAUUCGUACAACCCUGUUAGGAUAAUACGCUUUUCGGAUUUCGUUGGCCCUUGGGCCAUUAUUUAAAUGUGCAGCCAGGCCUUGUUUUAAAACCAGUUUAAAAUUUUUAAAGUGGGGGCAUGGAGGAACCGACCUCGGAUCUGAAAAGACUGACGGGCUGCCGUGCUUUCCCCCUCACAUAACGUUUGGCAAGAUUUUGGAGGCAUCAGUUUUCAGCAGUUCAAGAAGGAUUUUGUGCAGCCGUUUGUGCAAAAUCCGAGCUUGCCUAAAGCGAUAAACUCAGAAAAUCCGAAAUAACAAGUGGAGUCUGGCCUGGAUGGUAUGAAAAAUACAAAAUUCGGAAGAGAAUGAAAAUCAGCAGUUCUGAAAGACCUGGGAAUAUAAAAAGAAAAGAAGAAAAAGUAGACCUUGAAUAGAAGAUGGCCUCCUGUUUAUACGAUUGCCUUUGUGAAGCAGAGCUUGAGAAAUACUUUCCCCAUUUUAGUGCCCUUGGCUUUCAGAGGAUAGAUGAACUUGCCAAGGUCUCCAUGAAAGAUUACACCAAGCUGGGGGUGCAUAACAUGAAGGACCGCAAGCGCCUCUUCCAGCUCAUUCGAAUAAUCAAAAUGUUGCAGGCAGAAGAGGAAGCAAUGAGGAAAAAACAGCAUUUACAGACAGGUGCUCUCUGCCUCCAGCCUCAGGCAGCUAGAUGUGGCCCUCGAAGACAACUGCACUUUGAUUCCCUCUCGGAGGAAAGAGAUGGAGGGAGAAAGCAGCUUGAGCCUGAAUUGUGUGCCUUAUCCAGUUGCUCUGUAAAUGAAGAUAAAGAUGAUUUAGCUGCAGUGUUGAGCCACGAAGCUGAAUACAAAAGACCUAGGAAAGACUCUUUGAAUGCUGCUGCAGCAUGGACAGAACAUAAACUGGGCAUUCCAGCUAUCAGUUCAUCUAACGAUAUUGCUCCUCUCCUAGGGGAUGCUGAAGCCCCCAUUGUACAAAGAGUAGCUCAUAUUUCAGGUUAUAAUUAUGGAGUGCCUCAUUCUUGUACAAGACCUAACGCUUCUGAGAAGGAGACCCCGUGGACAGAGACUGACAAGAUCCGUGUGUGCGUCCGAAAGCGUCCCCUUGGCUUAAGAGAAGAGAGGCGUGGGGAAGUGAAUAUCAUCACAGUAGAAGACAAAGAAACCCUCCUGCUCCAUGAGAAGAAGGAGGCUGUUGACCUCAGCCAGUACAUUUUGCAGCAUGUGUUUUACUUUGAUGAAGUUUUUGGGGAGGCCUGUUCCAACCAGGAUGUGUACAUGAAGACUGCCCACCCCCUCAUUCAACACAUUUUCAAUGGCGGCAACGCCACCUGCUUUGCAUAUGGGCAGACGGGUGCUGGCAAGACCUAUACUAUGAUUGGCACUCACCAAAACCCAGGACUCUACGCCCUGGCUGCUAACGAUAUCUUCAGGCAAUUGGAAGCAUCUCAGACUAGAAAAGACCUCCAUGUCUGGAUCAGCUUUUAUGAGAUCUACUGUGGACAGCUUUAUGACCUGCUAAAUGGAAGGAAGAGGCUUUUUGCAAGGGAAGACAGUAAGCAUAUUGUGCAGAUAGUUGGGCUGCGUGAGGUCCAAGUGAACACCGUCAGCCUGCUACUAGAGGUAAUUCUGAAAGGAGGAAAAGAGCGCAGUACCGGGGCAACUGGAGUCAACUCGGAUUCCUCCCGUUCUCAUGCCAUUAUCCAGAUUCAGAUUAAGGACCCAGCAAACAGAGUGUUUGGAAGGAUCUCCUUCAUUGACCUGGCUGGCAGUGAGAGAGCUGCGGAUGCCAGGGACUCUGACCGGCAGACGAAAAUGGAAGGUGCAGAAAUAAAUCAAAGUCUUCUAGCUCUGAAAGAGUGCAUCCGCGCCCUGGAUCAGGAACAUGCUCACACUCCCUUCAGGCAAAGCAAACUCACUCAGGUCCUGAAAGAUUCUUUUGUUGGCAAUUCCAAGACCUGCAUGAUAGCCAAUGUCUCCCCCAGCCACAUUGCGACUGAGCAUACCUUAAACACCUUGCGCUAUGCAGACAGGGUGAAAGAGUUGAAGAGAGGCAUGAAAUGUUGCACACCUGUCGCACAGCGACGGCGAACGCCAGGCAGCGUAUCUCCCAAACGCAUUCAGAGUUCUCUUUGCAUGCAAGGUGGGGAAAAGAGCUCUCCUAAGAAAGUGAAGCUGGGGUUGCAGCACCUCCCAACACCUACAGCUUCCAAGGUGAAGGCUUCACCUUUGGGCUUUCACCCGCUGCACCCUCCUUUCUCUUCCACCCCGAAAGGACAGGCCCGCAAAGGUCAUUUUGGUGCUCUGUGGCUCGGCCGCACCAGCCCAGUUAAAGGCGUUCCGAGGGCAGGACCAGCGGCCAAAAAGACAACGGAAGACUCACUGCUGCAUCCUGGGAACAGCCUCAUUGGGAAGGACUUUGGGUCCAGGAGAGAAAGCGUCCAAGCAGACAGACCUCGAGCCAAGUGCCUGAAAGCCCAACCUGUGCAGAAACAGCUCAUUUCCAGAGCUGAUUUUUCCCUUGCUGACACGGACCAACCAUCCUUCCGCACGGAGGACGGCGGGAGAGUGUUUGCAGAGCAGUGCACUGCAGCAUGGACAAGGCUCCCGCCCCACCAGAAAGACCGGGAGCAACACCUCCGCCUUUACCACCAGCAGUUCCAGCAGCCUCCUAUUCUGCAGCAGAAGCUGAACUACCAACCCCUGGAGAAGUUCUUGGCCCAGUACAUGCCUCAGGAGAUCCGGGUGAAGCAGGAGCCCCCUUGCCACGCUCUGGCAUCUCCUCCCCAGUGCCGUGACGAGACGAUGCAGCUGGAGGACCUGGAGGACAGUGACUUCAGCGAGGAUUCCUUCUCCGUCGGUCCCAGCCGGAGGAAGCCGGAGGCAGAAGCCGGAAGGGAAUGCAGCCAGGGGGGUUCGUUUUUCCUUCAUCAGAGAGAAUGCGCUGAAGGGCAGGAAGUCCAGGGUGGGCAAGACCUGCUUUUCAAACCGUGCGAGCUUGAGAGUAAAGGCACAGCCUUGCUGGGGGCGGAGGAGGCCUGCAUGAGCUGCGAGGAAGGCAACAGCAGUCUGCUGGACUGGAGCACAGAGGACACCUCGGCAGGGAGUUCUUCUCCAAAGAAUGACGUGCCAGAGAAGCCUUACUGCUCGCAAGACAACACUGUGUGCGACAGGCUAAGCACCGAAGAAUCGCUUCUGGGGCAAAAAGAGCUCGGAUGCACAGAUCUACCUCUAAGCUGCCCUGAUGAACAAUUCCCUGGGCCAAAAAAGGCAAUGCAAAGCCCACCUUCGGCCCAUACCUUGGGAUCCCCAAGCUGUGAUGUGGGCGGCUUGAUGGAAGACUCUUUCAAAGGGAAAGAUGGUCCUCUUUCAGUAACCGCAGGAAAAAGGCAUCUCCAAACAGGAACAGGCCUUUGUGGGACUCUGGAUUUUUCAGUGGAUGUUGCUGCUAGAGAGACGACCCCUUUGGCUGUAAACCUUCUCAAUGCUUUGACAACACGCAAUCCAGAAGACAACCCUUCCCACCAGCAGCAAGGAAAGGCUCCACAGGAGGAGGAGAUGGUCCAAAAGAAACCCUUUGGCCCCAGAAAGCGACUGGACGAGGGCACCAGGCACCUUCAUGGGGAAAAAGCAUCCCCUGCGCCCAGUCUAUAUGAAACGGGUAAUUGGAGGGGGAAAGUUGGCUUGGUGCUUUCGCCGCAAGCCAAGACUGAGUGGCUUUCGCAGCCUUGUCAGAGCCCAAAGGUUUCUUCUCCCUUGGGCUUGAGUGAACUGUAUGGUUGUAUUUGUGGAUACUCGCCCAGAGAUGGAGGCCUGGUGGAUCUCCUCUCCCCACACAGAGACAGCGGGGGCACCCUGCUCCUUAGUAACCUGCAGGUCAGUGAGUAUGUGACCAGCCCACAGUAUGAUGCAGACACUGAAGCAACCAUGAUUUCCUCAUUGAGCUGUUCAGGGCAAUUCAGCCUGGGGGAAGAGGGUGGCUUCAAGUCCAUGACACAGCUCAAACAUACCGAUACAGAGAGGAAAACCUCCAUUUCAAAGGCACUCUCCAUCUCUAAUGAUUCAGGGAAGAAGGAAUUCGCUGGGGAGAGCAUCACACCGCAGCCCAGCUUGGCAUUUGGGAAACUGGAACUUGGCCAUUUGCAGGAAGCAUUCAAAUUGACAUUCAGUAGUGAUGAAAUGGGGCUUCUUAAGAAUGAAUUUUCUCAGAAUAUGCUUAUGCACACACCUUCAAACGAUGCAGAACAGGAUUCAGGGGUUGUCUCCAAAGAGGUGAACACCAGGUCUUCCAAGAACACACUGAAUUCUUCUAGCCCACAGGAUUUAUCUCCAAGCUCACUCCAGUAUAAGGAAGCUUUAGGAAGGCAGUUUGUGCUCCAAAUCCAUCAGGAACAGCUGGAUGAAAUGGCAGCCUUGUGUUUCCAGGAAGAGGGCUUGAUCAGUAAGAUGUCAGAGCUGGAUUUCGAGGACUUUGUGGCGCAGCUAGAUGAAAUCCUGGCGCUGAAAUCCAAAUGCAUCCAAAGAUUGCGAAGCCAGCUGCAGCCUAUUCUAGCUGCUCCUGCAAGUGGGACGGCACCAGACAACUUCCCUAUGAAAUAGCAGCAUGGGUGAGGACUGCGCUGAAGCAUUUGACCUUCAGUGAGCAGCAGCUCAAGACAGUGAGGACUUCCAAAAGUUUGGGUCUUCUACAUGGCAUGUGCUUGAAGACUUAAGGCUUAACUUUAGCAGCAUAAACUCAGCGGAAGUCCAGAUUGUGUGCUCUGCCAUUCAUCUAAAUACUUGACCACUGUGGCAAGACUUUGAGAGGUGGAUAAAGUGAUCCCUUUUCUCCUGCCAUCACUCAGGCAACUUCACAUUUAUGGCAGUUUUGCGUACUGACAAAAAACAAUAGAAAACCCAGCCAGAUGGGCAAUCAGAACUAGUCCUGUUCUCAGGCAGUGUAGCCUUUGAGAAAGCAGUACUAGCUACUACCAAAGCCCCAUAUGGCUAGGCUGCUUUGGCAGUUUGAAGUGUCUAAAGUAUCGAGAGCCAGCGGACCUGCUUAUCGGCAUUACAGAUCAGAGACACAGAGUUCACAUUCUUGUAGUUAUCCCUCUCUUCUCCCCUCAGCCAUAUUUACCAAGCAUUCUACACUUGUGCCUUGGCGAUCUGCUCAUCAGGUGCUUCCACACUAACUAAAAAGGUUUAUUUUCAGAUUUGCCCUUCCUUUUAAAAUUGCAUUUUAUUUUCAGGAUUCACUUUCUUUUACGGUUGUAUCUUUUUUUGACUGUAAGCUUUAAAACUGUUUUUGAUGUUGUAUUUUAUAUUGUUGUAACCCAUUCUGGGACCUUAGUGUGAAGGGCAGGCACUAAAUUAAAUAACAACAGUGAAUUUCAGUCAAGCCUGGGUGGGCAUCACUUUGCUCCACCCAUGACCUUCAAGAGUUUCGUGAAGAUGGGUUAGAAGACGCAAGCCGUCAGACUGCAAGUGGGAAGGCAGAGUGACAUGGUGCCUGAAGCCUUUGCAUGACUGUCGUAAACAUGAUGUGCCUAACAGCUCUGUGAAACUGGUGCUCUCUUGUCUCGCUAGACAGGAUUUCUAAGCAGAACUUUUGACAGAACCAAGCCACUUUUAUCAAGCCAUCAACACUAGUCUGAACGAACAGAACUCAAUCCAACUUGUACAAAAAUAGGUGAAUACUUGGUUUAUGGCAGCAGCCCCAAAGAGGAUGCAAGCAUUGUGGACAAUAGCUAGUCCAUCUUGUGAAUGAGGCUUUUCCAAGAUGGUGGAGAGAAACAAUAUUAAAAGGAUUCACAGAAAGUGAUAACUGGAAUUUUUGAAACCCCAAACAAGAGCAUAGGGCAGCAAAAGCCAGUAUCCUUUAAAACCUUGUCUUACUUGGAGAACAGAGUGCUGCACAUCACGAUAGCUGCUCUUAAUUUGUUUCUUUCCAUGCGUCAGGGAGACAGCACAGUCAGGAGUUGAGAUUUACUCUGUCAAGCCCAUCACUUAUGAAAGAUGGGCUUUGUAUCCAUUAACAGGGUUGUUCCACCCCAAGGUUCAUCUAAGUUGGAAGUUUAGCAGUCAGGCGGCAAUAUUUUCCACUUGCGUGGUGCCUCCAGACUACAUGCGUACCCUUAUUUCACAAGAGUAGCAUCAGCAUUCACAUGCCAAUAGAUGCCACCAUCUCAUCUCACCCCGUUCUGGCUUGACCUUUGUGACUUCAACACAACAGUUCAGGGGUCACAGCACUGUCCUUAAAGCAACAUUGGUCAUUCCCUUUCCCACAUAGCAAGCACCAACUAACCAAGUCACAUUCAGAGCAGCAAAAGCAGCUCUUUGACUGACCUUUCCCACUGCUAAAGGAAAUCAUGUGCACAUUAAGUCCUGGUGCAGGUACGUUCCUUGGCAGGUAUAAACCCAGCAGGGACACAGUUCCUGCUUUUCAGGUACAAAUUAACCAAUUAGUAAAAUGGUCGAGAAUCUAGCUGAGUGGCAUUACACAAGAGCUGUGUACUACAAUACAUGGACAUGUUUCUAAGAGUUCUUUGUUUUAAGAGUCAGUAGGUUAAAGUGAAUUCACUUAGAAUAUUAUGCAUGUUGCUUUUAUACUGAAUUUUUAAUUGAAGUAAAAAGAGAAUUGAGCAAAACUUGCACAGAGGUCUAAAUUGUGUCAAAUUCAGUAUUCUGAUAAAAUGAAAUUUGGUUUGAAUGCAAAAGUAAUUCACAGCAUGGCAGAAGUGCUAAAUAGCAGCAGCAGCAG